AUGAGUGAACAAGAACUACUGGCCGCCAUAAACAUACCUGCACUGCCCACCCUAGAGGGCUAUCUGGCACCAGACACCUACCUCUACCCCCGUGACACCAGUGAUUUGGUCUUCUUUCGCCAAGCGGCAAAAAAAAUGCAAACCGAUAUACGAACCGCUUGGGAACAGCGUGCCGAAGACCUCGCCAUCAGCUCACCGGCUGAAAUGGUGAAUUUGGCCAGCAUCAUAGAAAAAGAAACCGCCCACCCAUCUGACCGCAACAGUGUUGCUGCUGUUUUUCAUAACCGCCUGAAAAUAGAUAUGCCCUUGCAGACCGACCCCACUGUAAUCUACGGCAUGGGAGAGACCUAUAGGGGCAAUAUCCGCAAAGUGGAUUUGCAAACCGACACCCCGUGGAACACCUACACCCGCCGGGGCCUACCUGCCACCCCCAUCGCCAUGCCCGGGCGAGCCGCACUGCUCGCUGCGGUACAACCCGCACCGACUGAUGCGCUGUACUUUGUCUCAUUAAACGACGGUUCGGGCAAAAGCCACUUUAGCAACAAUUUGAAUGCCCACAACCAAGCGGUACAACGCUACAUCUUAAAGCGGCCUUAA